GCUGAAAAACUUCCCCUCUCCUUCACUGUCAGAGUUGGAGAUGACGUCACUUUGCCUUGUGAAAAUGUGAUAGACGGUCAGCAAAAAUGUGGAUAUACUAGAUGGCUCUUUUUGCGUUCGGGAGUAGAGCUGGUUAGAUUUGGGCAGAUUGGUGAAAACACCAAAGCUAAAUCAGACAGACUGAGUGUUACAGAGAACUGUUCUCUGGUUAUAAAGAAGGUCACAAUCAAGGAUGCUGGUCCUUACAUCUGUCAACAGUACAAAUCAGGACAACAGCAAGGUCCAGACUCUCUGGUUCUUCUGUCUGUUAUUAUCAAGACUGAACAUCAGGACGCUGAUAAGGUGACGUUAACCUGCUCUGUGUGGACAUAUGAACACUGUAGACACACAGUGAUGUUGCUGUAUGAGGGUAAAGAUGUGGAUGACGAUAACCAAGGAAUGAGGACAGGGCAGGCUGGAUACUGCUACUCUACUCUGUCUUUCCUGGAUUCUCAUUAUAUUUACAAAUCAAAGUCUAACUUGAAGUGUGAAGUGACAGAUGGUUACUCUGGAAAAGUGCAGCUGUUCACCUUCAGCCCUCAGUCCUCAGGUGAGAAAACAGGUGAGAAUAUGCUGAGCUGUUCAAGAUGACUAAAACCACCAAAACAUUUGUUUAUUUGAUGACUUUUAAAGAUGACAUCAUUCUUUCUUGUUU